CAUUUUGUUUCACACUGGCUGCCAAACCAGCUGCUAACACAGCAUGACACUAGAAGAAAUAACACUAAAAACAUAACCAGGGAGCAGGGGCGGACUGAUAACUCAUGGGGCCCCCGGGCAAUAGGGGAUCAUGGGGCCCCUGUGUCCUUUCCCAAACUCAAAAAAGCCUAUGAAAAAGGUACCAGGGGCAUCUCAAGGGGCCCCCUACUGACCCCGGGCCCUCGGGCAGUGCCCGAGUUUCUAAAUGCUCAGUCCGCCCCUGAU